AUGGCUGUCAGCCCCGUGGGGACAUUCUUCAUCGUGCUCGUCGUGCUGCUAGUGGUCGCUGCCGUCGGCUGGGUUGCCUUUACGCAACUGCGCGCAAGGCGUCUAGGGCUUCCUUCCCCACCUCUAUCCUCCUACAUCCCCUUCGCGCGCUCCUCACAUCAAUCCGCCUAUGGAGCCCCACAACCUAGAUCCGGUGGCGUCCGCGGGUGGAUAAGCGACCGGUUCCAGUCCCUCAAGAACCCGCGCUCGGCAGCCGGCGCAUACGAACAGCCCAGCGCACCCGGUGGCCACCGCGGUGGUGGCGGCGGCUUCGGACCACUUGAUCCGGACGACGCCUGGGACGCGCGCGUCGGCCACGAGACCUACGGCGGCGCAUAUUAUCCUGAAGACCAGGAGCUUGAAGACAGAGGGCAACGUCACGGUCGCACCGACGGCCCGUACGCCGGCUCCGGAUAUCAGAUGAAUCUCGCUGGCGACGGCAUCGAUGAGCAGAGGGGGCGCAGCCCUAAUCCCCGUGGUCACAGCGGUCUCGAAGUGCCUCCUGCUAACAACGCUGCUGCGAGAGGCGAGACCGGGCAGCGGAAUCCUUUCGACGAUGCUGCUGAGCCGAGCAACUUGAGCUUAAGAGGUGUUAGCCCGCGACCCAUUGACACGCGCAAGGCCGCUGCUGCGGGAGCUGCUGGUGGUCCUGUACAUGAUAGUCCUACGUCGAUCUCGGAGCGACGAUCUGUGUUCAGGGAGGAUGUGUGA